UCUCUCAUACAACACCCAGGAAGCAUUACUCUCUCUCUCUCUGUCUCUCUCUCUCACACACACACACACACCUCAGUGGUCUGCUGCUUCAAUGCAAUUCUGUAUUUAGAUAUCUGUGACAUUUCUGUCAAAUGCGAAAAGUUGACGCUAGGCCGACAUGAUGAUGCUACUUAAUAAGUGGCUAGGCCAGUCAACAGAACACAAAGCUACAGUAUAUGCACAUCACCACAGAGCACACACACAUCCACUAACACACACUACUACUACUCAAGGCAGUUAGUGGGGACGCAGUUAGGGGGGAGGGCUGGAGAAAAACUGUCGGAGUGAAUCGAAAGUACUGCUACAGCGACUCGUUUAGAGGAUUACACACUGUUUCUGUUCACUUUUUGUCGACUUCGGGGGCAGACUGCAGCGUUAUACGGCGACGUCCAUCCGGUAGAGGAAAAGCAGCAGGCGCUUGAAGUGUGUGUGUGUGUGUGUGAGAGAGAGAGAGAGAGUGUGUGAGAGUGUGAGUGUGAGUGUGCCUGCGCCUGCCUGCUCUACUGUACGGCCAGUGCAGAAGGAUGUGUCAGUAAGUUUAAGGUGGACGGAGGUUGGAAUGACAAGGCCUUGGUGUUUGGGCUCGCCUUCAUGGGGUCACCAUCAUCGCAUGUCACAGCCUGACUGACAGAUCCAUCUUCAUCUUUCAAAUCCAGCAUUUCCAUAGUCUGUGAUUAAGGUCAGAAGCAGCAUGAAGGGCGGAGGAGGGGGGAAGGAGGUGCCGGCGGAGGGCGAGGUGAGCGCCAAGCAGAGGCCCAAACGCAAGUGCCUGCAGUGGCACCCGCUGCUUUCCAAGAAGAAGGCCCUGGACUUCUCCGAGGAAGAAGAAGAUGAGGACGAGGAAGAGCUGGAGAAGGUUCCAGUGGAGUGCCCUGAGCGUAGCGGUCAGGCUCCUGAGUGUGUGGCAAUGGAGGACGAUGGUGAGGAAGACUCUUCGGAGCAGCGUGCUCGCCGGCCCAUGAAUGCCUUCCUGCUCUUCUGUAAGCGGCACCGCUCAUUGGUGCGCCAGGAACACCCGAGACUGGACAACCGCGGAGCCACCAAGAUCCUGGCAGACUGGUGGGCCGUGCUGGAGCCCAGUGAGAAACAGAAAUACACCGACAUGGCCAAGGAGUAUAAAGAUGCCUUUAUGAAAGCAAACCCAGGCUAUAAGUGGUGUCCUGCCACCAGCAAGCCGGUGAAGAGUCCCACUCAUGCAGUGAGUAAUGCGCGUAAGAAGGCCUGGUCUCUGCCCUCCAACAACACCAAGGACAUCACUGUUGCCAAAAAAGUGCCCAAAACAGACAGCUCACCACAGCUAAACUUCGCCAUGGCAGAUCCGACUAAGAUGGGUGGCCUGAGCAUGCUGCUGCUAGCUGGGGAGCACGCCCUGACUGCCAGAGAGAUCUCGUCUAGUAGUUCACAGAGCGGCGCUGGAGAUGUUGCAAAGCAUACUGGGAAAUCUGCCCUUUUCCAGUUGGCUGAGAUUUCCUCCUGUCCACCCCAGAUUGACGGUUGUAAAAGUUCAGAGUGUCGAAGCGCAGCAGCCCCCCAGACAGAGGUAUGUGGCCUUUCUCAGCCCAACUCGCCAGAUUUACCCAGCAGCUGCAUGCGGUCUCCUCUCUUCCAGCUGGCUGAGAUAUCAUCUAGUGGUUCUCAGGCUUCAGUAUCUGAGGUGAAGCAGUGCGGCCAGUCUGCUCUUUUUCAGCUUGCAGAGAUGUGUUUAGCCUCUGAAGCAGAAAAACUGGAGGCCCUCUCCUCCCAACCAGCCAUGGACUCAUCCUCUCUCUGCGCCCAGGACAGCGCUCCUGACACAACGCCCACCGUGGACCUUCCCACGCCGACACCACCCUCAUCGCCCCCAGCUUCCUGUAAGAAGAAGAAGAAGCCAAACGACGUGGCAAAAGGUGAGAAAAGCCCUGGCUCGCCCAAGAAACCCUGCAAGAAGCGUUCUUCAUCCGGCUCAGACCUUGAGAGCUUGAUGUACACUAUUGAGGCGGUGGCCAAAGGAGCCUGGGGCUCAGAGGAGAUGGAGACAACCAGGAAGCGGGCACGUCCGUCGGGUGGUCUGUCGGAUCAGCCUUCGUCAGCAGAGAAGAAAAAGACCAAACCCAAAGCCAAGAAACAGCUCAGGACUAAGGAGGACGAAGAGGAGAGGGGAGAAGGAGAGGAUUGCAAGCCACUCGAGACAGAAGGGUCUGUGCUUAGCCAUGAAACGGAACUGAAAACCGAGUGCAAGAAGGAAGUGGACGUCAAAGUGGACCGAGCGGAGGACUCGGAGCCACACAUCUCUACAGAACAGCAAAUCAGCAAAGGUGUAGAAGCGGGCUCCCCACUGCCAAACAAAGGAGAAGAGAAGGACCUGGAAGUUAAGCCAGUUGUAAUUCAAACAGAAGAGAGGGACAUCGAGCCCAAACCUGAAGCCUGUGGAUCCCGGAAAUCAGAGCGAAGCUGUAAGGGAGCUCUGUACAAAACUCUGGUGUCUGAAGGAAUGCUGACAUCACUGCGGGCCAACGUCGACAGAGGAAAGAGGGGCUCCAUGCGUGGCGCCGUGUCCGAGUCGGAGAUAGGAUGGACAGACGAAAGCUGCAAUUUCAGUCAACCUGCUGCCAGCAACCCCAAAAAACUGAAAAAGUCCAAAUCCAAAGAGGAGCCAGUGCCAGGCAAUUUAGGAAAGCUGGAAGAGGAGUUUGAGAAGAAGUUUAACAGCCUGCCCCAGUACAGUCCACUGACGUUCGACAAAAAGAGCACAGCUGUCACCAAAAGGAAGAAAGCCAACGUAACUAACCCUCUGGAAAGUCCUACGCCUAAUAAGGGUCCAUCCCCAUCUCAGAAAAAGACUUUAUUCCACAAGAUUGUUAGCAAGUACAAGCACAAAAAGGAAAAGGCUGGAACUUUGGAGAAAGCCAUAGCACAGCCUGACCCAACGGCCAGUGACACAGGCACAGCGAAGUCAGACUCCUCGUGUGCUUCUCUUGCUACGGAGACCCGUAAGAUGGGUGAUGUGCCUGUGGGAAGCCAGAAGAGGAAAGCCAGAAAAAGCAAAAUCACUCAUUUGGUGCGCACGGCCGAUGGGCGUCUAUCACCCGCUGAGGCGGACAAAGUGAAGGAGCUGACCCAGGAUCAGGAUGGAAAGCCAUUAACUCAUGAGACUUUAUGCAACACAGAGAGCUGCUCCACUGACCCCGGACCGGCCGAGUCUGGCAGCCUGCCAGCCUUCUUCAGCCUAGCAGCCCUCGCCGAGGUCGCUGCCAUGGAGAACAUGCAUCGAGGCCAGCGAGCAGUGAGCGUGGCUGCUGAAGGUCAGGUGAAGGACAUGGCUCCUCAGACUCCUGUGCUGAUCUCUUGCGCUGAUCAGUGAAGGUGUAGACCUCGCCUGCGAGUGGACUCAUUGGGACGUACCCGAGAGCUUUGUGCUGGGGAAUAUAUACACAUACAUAGUCCAAGAGAGAGUUUGGAGCAAGCAGAGACGGAAGAGAAGGAAGAUGCUUUACUACGUUACUAUGGAGGCUUCAACACACACACUAGAGAUCAUGUAGAUGUGUGGGCUGGCUUCCUCCAUUUGCCCUAGACAUUCAGGAUCUGGAGAUGGCUGCUGAUAUAAAGUGAAACUUUUUUUUUCGCAUAUGAGAGAAUGGACCUAAGGAAGCUCUCUUAUUAAGUUUUGUUUUUGGUUUCAACCCUUCUGCAUAAAACCCCACUCUGACUCUCUCUCUCUUUGUUAGAGGAAAAUCUUGUGGCUUCCUGACAUCCUUCCUGCCCAGAAAGCAAGCACACUCACACUGCAUACCUUGUCUGUGUGUGUGUGUGUGUGUGUGUGUGUGUGUGUGUGUGUGUGCGCGUGUGUGCAGUUUUGCUCUACAGCCCCCCUUACCUCACAGCCAGCCUGCUUAUACACCCAAGUCCCUCUCAGCGCAGGCUUCACCAUGACAAUGCACAAUUAAUGCCUAGAUGCCUCUUUUCUGGUCAAUGACCCGUUUUGGACACAGUGCACGCAUACAUGGAUGCUUCUCUCCCGAAAGCAGCCUGAGCGAGACUGCAAAAGUGCACGUUUGCGAUCCAAAGCAAACACGUUACUAAGUGACUGAACACUGACCCGAUCAGAAGCCAUUCUCUUUUUUUUCCUUGCGCUCUAACAGCACCCUGUUACUGUACUGGGCACCCUUCCACUCUCACGUGCACAGCUAUAGAGAUGAAUAGAUUUUUUUAGAGCAGUAUACUUGAAAGAUACAAUGCAUUUUAUGUCAAUACUUGACCUUCCUGCGAUGUGCGUGUGUGUGUGUGUGUGUGUGUGUGAGCGUCUGCAUAUGUGCGCGUAGCAUCCAGAUAGCUAAUCCAAAAGUGUGCGCGCGCGUGUGUGUGUUGGUGUGCGCGUAUGUGGCGUCUUGAUAGCUAAUCCAAAAGAGUGCUACUAGUUUCCUAAGGUAGUUUCGUAACAGACACUGCACUAAUUUUUAGCUAUAUUACACUAGAUGGCAGUUUAUUAUUUGCUAGAUGGUGUGUGUGUGUGUAUGUAUAUAUAUAUAUAUAUAUAUAUAUAUAUAUAUAUAUAUAUAUAUAUAUAUAUAUAUAUAUAUAUAUAUAUAUAUCCUAAUCUGGUACUUAAUAAACUGUCACGUCAGUGUGGAUCAGACUUUUAGGCAAUUUUUUUUUCUUCUCAGCUUUCUCGAUUUUCUACCAUCCGCACUGAACGCAUACGUAAAUCAUUUCUGGGACGAGGUGACAGUGUUAAUUUUGAUGCACCUCCUUCCCAGUCACACGCCAGCAGAAGUCAAACGCAGUUUCCCUCUUACAUGGCGUUUGACUUUUCUGCUGCUUCUGUCCAUUCCUGUGAGUUUGCGGUGUAAGACAGAGGAAAAGAGUAGAGAAUCAGUUCUCUCUCAUACAUGUACCUCUUACAGCAGAGUGCCCACAGCACUGAGGAUCUUACACGGCUGAUGAUGUUCUCCUGGCCCGACACGCACUGUUUUUGUUUUCUUUUUCCUAACAAACCGCCUGUGCGAAUGAAAGGUCGCAUGGGGGGAAAAAAAACCUCCUCCUGAUUCUGCUUUCAGAGAGCUCAUCUCUCAGUCUAAAUGAAGGAACGCUCAAGCCUGACUACACCAUGGGGAAACCUCCACUAGACAACCAACUGAUUCUUCAUUUUCUCCAUCACUCACAUUUUCCUGCAAAUCAUGUCUGUGAAGUUCAAAUUUUAUAAGUAAUAUGUUUUUUAGAAAGUAUAAUAUGAUGUAUUUGAUCCCCUUUUUAUUUCCCCCCUUCAAUGUGUAGUGCGCUUUAGGGAGUGAAUUUGCUGGCCUUUUUUCUUUUUGUAUGAUCUUAUAAGCCUCACCAUGAGGCCAGUUAUACUGGAUGAAGACUAUUGUCAAAAACAAGUAUACAUAUAUAUAAUAACAAUAAUAAUAAUAAUAAUAAUAAGCCAAUGAGCACUGAGAAAUAAUGCACCGCUUCUAGAGGAAAUAGUCCCUGCUUUUUUGGGAACGCACAUGUGAGGCAGCCAGCGCUGCCAUGUUUUAACUAUUGUCUAAUGAGCACAGUGAGAUGUGUGUACCUGUGAGAGUCUGAAUGUCCCCCUGUUCUCCACAGUUAGUCAGAGCCAAGGGAUUAAACCUCAUUGUGUUUGAACAGAAAGAGUAAACAGACUCAAACCACCCCCUGAUGCGGUAACGUCUUCAGCGUGCAGAGAAAGCCGGGAGGAAGUAAAGAUAAGGAUUUCUCCGCAUCAGGACAUUACCGAGUGAUAUUCCCUGUGGUGUUAAGACGUUUGAGGUCAAUCUCAAGCGUGUCCGUUUAUGAACUGAAGAUCGUGAUCGUCAGAAGUAUACCUUAUAGGUGGUCUUUGAGGAAAUGCUUAGUUGUUACAACUGCUAAUGUGAUGAGAAAUACUCCGGCCGAUCAGUAUCUCAAGCUCCAACGAGUUUAAACAAUUUCUAAACGUUCGUCACGGAUCAACUUUCGCUAAGAGAUGUCUUCCCAAGUGUUUUGUGCACAUCCAGGGUUGCGGCAAACGAGUUCUUCCCGUCAUGUAUCUGCUAUAAAUGAAAAAAAAGAGAAGAAAUUGUACAUUAUAAAGUGUACUGUAAUCUGAGUUGCUGUUUAUAAAGAAGUGUGACUAAUAAACUGGCAACAUUG